UAAUAAUAAUAGCUUUGGUGAUGUUUCUGAUCACAGUCAAUGCCUACUUUUCUAUUGGAGGAAUAAACGAGCCUGGCUACAAAUGGAAUUUAAAAUGGAAAGAUAUAAAGCAAGUAGCUAAGGAGCGCAGCCUCUGAUGUCAUAAGAAAGUUGAUAGUCCCGGUGUUCCAUUACAGCAUCGGAAUGAGCCCCAAAGUCGCUCUAACCAUAAAAAUAAUACCAAAAACCCAAUAGGAAAAUCUCACGAUAAAUAAUUUCAAUAAAGUCAACCAUUUUCAGAGAAUAUUACCAACUAGGUAUAAUUAGCUCUUUGAGCAAUCUUUGUAGAACAUUCCGUAAUUAUUUUUAAGGCAAUCUACUAAUUUCCAACUUUGUUCUCUGUGUGAAGCUGCUAAGAUAUACAUUAAUCCUGCUAAUAUUUACUGUAUAACUUAUUAAUUCAUGUGCUGUCAUGGCUACACUCAUCCGUAAAAUUAAGGAAAAACAUUAAUUCAAACCAAAAUAUUCUAUUUCUAAUGCAAAUAUUUUUAAAUUUCAAGACAUGAAGCUCUAGUUGUAACUUAUCUACACUCACUGGUAAGUUGCCAAAGAAUGGUAGCGCUUGUAGCCGUCUUUUUUGUCAUC